AUGACAGAAAUGGCUUCUGAAGGUUUCACACAUAAAAAGAAAAAUCAAUGGAAUAAGUUUGUUUUUAAUAAUAAAAGUGAAAGAUUAGUUGUAGUAAUAGUAGUUGUUAGUCGUACAGUACUACUAUUAUUAAAUAAUUGUUGUCGUCAAAUAAUUGGAUAUAAAGAGUUUAUUUUUGUAAAUAGUAGUAGUAGUAGUAGUAACAAUAAUAGAUUUAUAAAGAUGAAUUCAAGUAACGGUGGAUUGACAAAUAGUUUCGGUAGUAGCAGUAGCGGCAGUUUACUACUGACACCAAAGAAAGGUAGUGUCAGCUCAUUGUCAACUGGAAUAAGUGCAUCAGAUGUAUCAGAAGAAUUAAAUAUACCUCCAAAUGAAUGGGUUGCACGUGUUAUGCAAAAACAUCCGGAUAUAUUGGAGUUACGUGAGCGAAUCAGACCAAUCAACAACACUAAAUCAUAUUCUAGACACAGAGCUUGUGCCAAGACUGAAGCAAGUCAUGUCAUCUCUGAUCAAGUAUUACUUAAAUUGAUCAUGCAAUAUCUCUAUGAGGAGAAUCUAUCUACCACAUUGAAUAAGAUUCAAGAGGAAUGUAAUGUAAAAUUUAUACCACAUGAAAUAGAGAAAGAAGGUUUACCGACACUCUUGAGAAUCGGAAUUAAAGAAGCCAACAAUUGGUUUGGCGCACUCGAGGAGUCGUGGGAGGUCGACCCCGAGGUGCAAGCGUAUCACGCCUAUGUCUCUGACCAGGACAACGAUCUCGAGGAACAAGACAAGAAUAUAUGGGACGAUCUUAACGAUACCUCGAGAGUCAACAUGACAAAGAAUAUAGAGAACAACACAAUUCAAGCUGCCACUCUCAACAAAUUGAUUUGGUGGUUAGCAACCAACCCAAAUGCAACUGAUACAACUGAGUUUAAAAAGAUAUUUUUCUUAACAUAUCCAUCGUUCACAACAGCAGAGACAAUCCUAUCGAAAUUGAUACAGAUCUACAAUUCACCAACUAAAGAACAUACCGACAAGGGUAUGUUUGUUAUAUUUUUGAAUUUCUGGAUCGAGCAACAACCCCAGGAUUUCAAUGAGAAGCUACUCGCCAAUCUCAACAACUUUAUCGAUAAUCAAAUGGUUAAAGACGGUCUGACUCAAUGGGCAAAGAAACUAAGAACUUCAAUUGCAAAAACACAAGAAGUAAGUGCCAAAAAGAAAGAACCAAUAUUAAAAGAUCCACCCGAACCAAAAGUACCAAAGAACAUAUUUUCAUCUACUUUGACAUUUGACGAUAUCGAUGAGGAGGAGAUUGCCAGACAACUUUGUUUAAUCGAUUUCCAAAUGUAUGAAAGUAUUAAAUCACAGGAAUUCUUAAUUAGAGGAUGGAAUAAACCACAGUAUAGAUCAAAGGCACCAAAUCUUUUGGCGAUGAUGAGAAGAUUCAAUGAUUUCACUAAAUGGGUGGCAUCUUGUUUGCUAAGCGAACAGCAAACUAAAGGAAAAUCAAAGUUGCUUGCAAAGUUCUUAAAGAUUUCAGAGCAUUUAAAGUCACUUUCCAAUUUCCAUUCUCUGAUGGCCAUCUUUGGUGGUAUCAAUAAUACUUUGGUGUGGAGAACAAAGGCAGUGCGAAAGGAUUUGAGCAAACAACAACAAGAGACCUACGCAGAUUUAGAGAAGCUUUUCCAUUCCGAUCAAAACUUUAAAGCAUACAGAUUGGCCUAUAAAGAUGCCAAACCACCAUGUAUUCCAUUUUUGAACGGCAGACAAAGUGGAAGGAAUGAUCAAUUUGAACAAGAGAAGAACGCUUUACAGAGUGAUUUCCAAUAUUAUGAAGUAUCAACCGAUUCAUUACAAUUUCUUAAAGGUGCAUCAGAUUUCUUUGUUUUUAACUGA